UCCGGCUCCGGCUCCGCUCCUCCUCCCGGCGCUGCGCGGGGGGCGGCGGGGAACCGUGAGGCUCCCCUCAGGCUGCGCCUCCCCUCAGGCCGCGGCGGGAGCUCGGCGCCCCGCGGGACCCCGGGCCCGCGCCAGGCCGUGCCCCGGGCGGCGGCCGCGUUGUGCGGGGCGGCUCCAGGGGGAAAAUGGCCUCUCGGAGGAUCACCCGGGAGACGUUCGAGGCCGUGGUGCAGGACAAAGUUAAACGGUACCGCAUGGAGCGGAGCGAUGCCGCGGGGGACACCAUCCAUCAUUUCAAAGCUCACUCCAGGCCGCUGCCCCGGCCCCGCUACAACCAGAGCUUCCACGACGACGGGAGGUUCCCUCACGACAACUCCCAGCACGAGGACUGGAGCGAGGAUCCCAGGGAAGAUUAUCCGAGGGAAGACUAUCCUGGCCCUUCCUACAGACCCGCCAGCCCUCUGCUCCGCAAGGAAAAUUAUUUCCACGAACAAUUCGGCCGCCCCACGCCCCGGGAGCGGGAAUUCGGCCGGGAUUAUGGGCGUCCCGCUUCCCAAAACCGGGAAUACGGGCGUGCAGCUGCCCAAACCAGGGAAUAUGGGCACCCUGCUCCCCACAACCGGGAGUAUGGACACCAAAACCGGGAAUAUGGGCGGGAGAGGGACUAUGGGGGCCUGGCACCUCACGAGCAGGACUACGGCCCCUCGGAUUCCUGGGAAGCCAGCGGGCCACACGAACCUGAUUUUAGCUCCUCGGAUAUUUUAGGGGAUUUCAGGUCGCCAGGGCUCAUGGAAGAGGAAUAUGGCAGCGUGGAGAACCAGGAAUACGAGGUGGAGUUCGGGGCGCCGGACAGCGAAUUCCGGCCCCCGCUGCGGAGGGGAGGCGUGGGCAGGGGGAGGAUCCUGAGGGGCAAGCGCCUCACCAGGGGGGUGGUGAAGGCAAAAGUGUUCAAAGGAGACAUCAAAGCUCCCCUCAAGAAGUGGAACAUGAAAAAGCCACAGCCAGGCCUCGAUCCCAAACCGCUGGAUCAGCCUCUGGAAGCUGCUGAACACCCCAGCCAGAGGCCGGUGCCCCUCCAGCAGCACCCCAACCCCAAGCUGCCCCCACGCCCUCUGGCAGCCCAGAGACCCAUCCUGAGGCUGCCGAAGCCUGCCCACGUGUUCAGGAACCUCAAUUUUGACCUGGUGGAUAAAUCUGACAUUUUUUCCACCUUCGGCAUCGAAAUCAUCAAGUGGGCCGGGUUCCACGCCAUCAAAAACGACGCCGAGUUCUCGCGGCUCUUCGGGGCCCUCUUCGAGCUGGAGACUGAGACCUGUGCCAAAAUGUUGGCCUCCUUCAAGUGCUCCCUGAGGCCAGAGCACAGAGAUUAUUGUUUCUUCACCAUCAAGAGUUUACAGCACGCCGCCCUGAAAACCCCCAAGGUGGACAACGAGUUCUUGAACAUGCUGCUGGACAAGGGGGCGGUGAAAACCAAGAAUUGUUUCUUUGAGAUCAUCAAACCUUUUGAUAAAUACAUCAUGAGGCUCCAGGACCGCCUCCUCAAGGGGGUCACCCCACUGCUGAUGGCCUGCAAUGCCUAUGAGCUGAGCAUUAAAACCAAUGGGUUUGGCAAUCCCAGAGAAAUGGCCAAUGCUUUCGAGACCACUGUGUCCCUCUGUCGUAAAUCCCUGGCCCUGCUGGGGCAGACCUUUGCUCUGGCCUCUGUUUUCAGGCAGGAGAAAAUCCUGGAGGCUGUGGGGCUCCAGGAGAUGGCUCCAGCACCGACAUUAUUCCCAAAUUUUGAUGAUUCGACGCUGUUUGGGAGGGAGUACAUUGAGAACUUGAAGGCUUGGUUGGAGAAGAGUGGAUACCCGAUCCAGAUGAAAAAACCAGAGCCAGAAUCCACGGAGCAGCUCAAAGCACCCUGCCCUGACACCAAAGCCCCACAACGAGCUGACAGGAAAGUUGUGGACACAAUCGAGCAGCUGGUGACCAGCAUCGUGUCAGGAACUUUGUCUGCCAAAGACAGGAAUGCUCAGAAGAACUGUCCCGAAUAUUGGUUCCUGUCUGACGAGGACAGUCUGGAGUACAAAUAUUACAGGCUGAGGCUGUCAGAGGUGCAGAGAAGGACCGUGGGUGGGGAGGGAGCUGCUCCGGAGUCCCUCCGGGCCAUGCUCUACGCCAGGAAAGUCGCCAGCAUUAAAAGGAGGCUUUUCAAGAGGAAAAAACUUGGAAUUCUCCCACCCCGUGGCACCAGGGCGAGGAAGGUGAGGAGAGCAACCACAGGCACCCAGACUGUGCUGUCAGCUGGGACAGUGCUGAAGCACCAAGACAAACAUCUUCCAGGUUCAAUCCAGGCAAAGAUUUCCGUGCCAGAUUCCAGCCUGUCCCAGCAGAGCCCUGCCCUCGACGCCACCUCAGCCUCCCAAGCUGCCACCAGCUCCGAGGUUUCUGUGCCAGCAGAGGGAAAAGCAGAUCCUGAGGAUUUAUCACCAUCACCAGAGCUUUUCCCACCGUUGGCCUCUCAGUUUCCUGAUGUGGAUGCCAAAACCAUGGAAACUGCAGAGAAACUCGCCAAGUUUGUGGCUCAGGUAGGACCAGAAAUCGAGCAGUUCAGCAUAGACAACAGUGCAGAUAACCCCGACCUCUGGUUUCUCCAGGAUCAAAACAGCUCCGCUUUCAAGUUCUACAGAAUGAAAGUUUAUGAGUUGUGCCCCUCCAUCAACUUCAGUGCUGAGGCAGCUGAGGCUGGAGAAAGUGCUAAAGCUGCAGAGAGAACCCUGGAGAUGUCAGAAGAGGAAGAGGAGGAGGAGGAAGAAGAAGAAGAGGAAGAAGACAACGAGGAGGAAGCUGAGUUUGAGGAGGAAACCUCCCAACCUCUGGAAGAAACGGAGGGGGAAGAGGAGGACGUGCCAGCAGGUAGAAGUGUGGCAAACCUAGAGGAAGAGCUGGUUUCCAGAGCAGGAGAGGAAAUUGCAGGAGGUGAAAUGCAGCUUUCCAGCCCCUCUGAUGGUGCUGUACCAAAUCUGUCGACACAGGCACCGCCCCCGGCCCCCGGCGCCCGAUUCCCCCGCAAACGAAUCAGCAGCAAGUCCCUGAAAGUUGGGAUGAUCCCUGCUUCCAAAAGGAUCUGCCUCAUAGAAGAACCCAAAGUGCAUGAACCUGUCAGGAUUGCUUAUGACAGACCCCGGGGCUGCCCUGUCACAAAGAAAAAAAAGAAACCAAAAGAUUUGGAAUUUUCCCACAAGAGACUGACCCCCAGGAACGUGGGGUUCCAGAUGCUGCAGAAGAUGGGCUGGCAGGAGGGCCACGGCCUGGGCACACGGGGCAGAGGCAUCAGAGAACCUGUCCAAGUGGGUGCAACCUCUGCAGGGGAGGGCUUGGGUGUUGCAGGGGAAGAGAAUAAAGAAGAUGCAUUUGAUGUUUUCCGUCAGAGAAUGAUACAAAUGUACAGACAGAAAAGAGCAAGUAAAUAGGUUUGACAAACAGAGGCUGGGACAUGCAGAGCUGCUGUGGGGGAAGCUGCAGCAGCGGGAAGAGCGCUCGGCUCUCUUGUAGAGGACUCCAGUUUUGAGUUUUGUUUGUUUGCCAAGCUUCCUGCUGGCCCUGGGUGGUGCAGGGUCUCAUCUUCUGAGGAAGAAACAGCUGCUUUUGGUGUCAGAAGUGCCUGUUCCCCUCUGUCUCUUUGGCCAAAUCUCUCUUGGGAUGGGAUUGCUCACCAAAAAAUGGAAUGAGUGACCUGGAAGCCGCGCUUAGCCUGGUUCUGGUCCUUUCUCCAACCAAGAGUCUUCUCCAAUUCCCAUCUUUUGCAAGGCAGUUCAGAUUUUAAGAUCCAUUUUGUUGUUGGGGUAAAUCUUCCAAGCUCCUCCUGCAUUCUUCCUUCCUUCCAUCCACCAAUUCUCAGCCUCCACCACUGUGUUUAUUUUGGAGUCUUGUAGGAUGAACAGCUGAGCUCAUCCCAGGCUGGCAACACCAAACUCUUCCCUGACAACCUCAGCUCCGAAGGUUUUUGGUUGCAAAGGACAAAUAAUUCAUUUUCAAGGGUGCUUUUUGUUUUGUUUCUUGCUCUUCUCCAAGAAAUUCUUGAGGGAUUCCUUUCCUUCCCCCUGGGCAGAUGCAAUUCCUGUUCCUGCAGAUGAAGAGAACGCUCGGAAUUCCGCUGGAAGUGGAUCACCAGUUCAGAGAAUAAUUCCUAUUAAAUAUUUGCUUUGCAGAAGUUCUCUGAGUGAACAACCCCAAGGCAUAAGACAAAAAACUUGUGCUUUUAAGGGAAUAUGGCAGAAUUUCCUGGAAGAGAAGCCUGGAUUCAUGAACAAAAAGUGUUUCCUGCUUGGGGAAGCAGCUCUGAAGACGUGGAAGAUUUCAAAGUGGUACCAAAAUUAACACCCAAGGUCUGAUCAUUCAUCUUUUCCUGACUUGCUGAGGGGGACAGAAUUUAAAUACUGCACCUUUUAGUGCUUCCUCCACCAUUUCCAGUCCAAACCCAGCCCCAAGUCUUCACUUGGAUGUUCCAAACCUGCUUCACUGGAGAUCUUUUUAAAGUUUUUGCUGACCAGCAGCCAAAAAUCUGCAUGAAAAUUGUUCUUGAGUUACCAACUUGCCCCUGCCUGCUGCUCGAAGAGCAAAAUUAAACUCUUCUCUCCAUUAAAAACUGUUUUCAAUCCAUAGCAACAAAUUCUCCUUGCUUGUAGCAGCCACUUUUAGUUCAUGAAUGCAAAGUUUGGUGUUUUUUUUUUUUUUCCCUUUGCUGUCUUUGAGAACAAAAUUGUGGCAUUGGGUAAUUUCCUCCUCACUCAGUUUGAGCUGCCUUGAGGCACAAAAAUCACUCAGAAACCCCAAAAAUGACAAGUCCAGGAAAAUAUUCUGGUUUUCCAUGGAUAUCAGAUGUGUCUUCACCUUCACAGUGCAAGGAGCUGAAGCACCAAGGCCAUAAAUACAAAUUUCGGUGGCACAUUAAGGACAUUUGAGACAUUCCUCAAAUUUCUUGGAAGUGUUGCAAUCCUUAAAGGUUUUGGGCCACAGGAAGAGCAUCAAUCCCAGUGCUUGGCAGGGGUGCUGAGCUGUUUAAGUCCAUUUUUGGGGUGUUUUUCACUGCCCCCCUUUCUUUCCUGGGUUUAAUCAGGAAAACCUGAGCCUUUCCAUGAGAUCUCCCAGUCCCAGCCUGGACUGGGAUAACUGGAGCCAGUGCUGGUCUCUGAUUUAUCCCCCAGCUGGGUUUGGCUUUUCUUUGAACCUUCCCAGUGUUGCUGUUCACAAUUUUUAUUUCCUUGCACAAUUCCCCCUUCUUCUUUCCCCUCAAAUUUUGGAAGGAUUCUGUGUGACAAAAGUGGAAUUUCACGCCAGAUUUAAAUCCCCUCUCAGGCCAGACCAGCUCUGGUUUAACCCUGACUUCACCAGGCACCUUUUGGGGUGCAUUUGCUGCUCCCCAGGCUCGGAGGAAAGCGCUGCUGAUCCAGGAAAAUGGUUCCAUUCAGAGUUUUAGUUUAAUUUUGAGUUUUAAUGCUGCCUUGAGAGUCAGAAGUGACCACUGGGCACACCGUGUCCUGGCUGGCCGGAGCCUGGCCUGCCUUCCCUUGUGCCAAACCUCACUCGCAGCAGUGCUGGUGCUGAAAUUCCUUCCCCCAAAUGGGAUUUUGGACCUGCCUUUUGCAGGCAGCUCUGCCAAAUUUGCCAAUAUUUGUAAAUAUGAAACAUUUGUUGGCCACUUUGCCCUGCUGGAGGUUUAAAAGCUUCUUCUUCUUCUUUUUUUUUUUUUUUCUUUUUUUCUGUUAUUUUAGUUCCAGGCUCUCUUCCAUGAAGACUGCAAGCUUCAGUGACCAUUUUAACUCACUCCAGUGGUGUGUCUGCUGUCUUUUGGUUGGGUUUUGCCAUUAAUCCCGUAGAGAAUUUGCUCCUUUCUGUCCCGUGCAGAUGCAGCAGUGCUGAGCUAGUGGCAAUGGCUUUAUGUUCUGAGAAAAACCGAACAUUUCCCCCCCCUCCCCACACCCCUUUUAGUGUAAGUAAACCUUUGGUAGCGUUGUUAAAUCUCUGGAUAGCUGCAAUAAAUGUAGAGCUGGACGAUUCCUGGUUUCAGUGAUGUUUUUUUGCUUGUGAGUUUGGCCAUUUGUAAGAGAUAUGCAUCCCGUUUUUAUUUUGCCUUGGCACGAAGCGGUGGAGUCGGGAUCCUGCAGCGUCCUGUGGGAGUGGAGCAGGAUUUUGGGGUGUCUGAGGGAAGGGAGCUCCCUCUGUUCCGUGCUGCUGAAUGUCUCUGUGGAGAGCCCACGGAACCACUGCUGAUUUGUCCUUUCCCACGUGUUUUUUGGUGCAUUCAAUCCACCCCCACAGCGUCACUGUGCCCCAGAGGUCCCCCUUUAUCCCCCUGUCCCAGGAACGAGCUUUGUCUCGGAUUUCCUUGCUUAAAACAGCAAAACUUUUUUCUUUUCCAUCCCUGGGUGGUUUCCUGUUGCCUUUAAAUCCAAUUUUUUUUUUUUUUUCCCUAAGGCAGGAGGUGAAGAGGGGUGGAAGUUUUAGGGAGCUGAAAUUUAACCCUUGUUCAACCUUUGCCCUCCCAAUCCGGGGAUAAAGGGACAAUCCCUGGCUUUGCUUUGGCACUGCCAGCCAGGAAAAGCUUCACAGAGCCCUGGCCACACUUUUCUCCUCCUUUUCCUUGAAAAAAUUGAUGCUAUGGAAGGCCCUAGAAGAAAGGGACAUUUGCUCUGUCUCUCAUUGUUGGAGAGAAAUGAGGAGAUCCCCAUUUUGGGGGAGGUGCCCUAAAAACUACAGUCAGUAAUUCAGUAUUUGCAGUAAUUGUGUUGGACUCAUGGAGAUGUUCUCUUUUUUUUUUUUUUUUUUUUUUUUAGCCUUCAAAGCUUUUCUUCGGUGUGAAAUAAAUUUUUCCUAUUUAUUUUGGGGUUUUUUGGUUGUUUAAAUUUUUUUUUUAGAAGACACUACAGCAUCGUUAGUGUGAAGAUUUAGUCAGUGCUAUGUUAUUUCUCAAAAUCAGUGUACAGGAUUUUUUGUCUGCUGAUAUCCCACUCUGCUUUCAAGUUCAAUGGUGCCCAAAGAAAGUCUGCACUCAGAAAUUCAAACAUUUCUCCUUUGGGAUUGUUUUCUGCCCUACAGCAGGUACAUUUUCUAACUAAAAAAAUUACUGCCUAAAAGUCCUGUAUCCCCUUUUUAAUCCUGCAUAUCUCAUAUCUGAGUGGCCAAUCACAACCAGACUGUAGAUUUGAGCAAUAAUAAAACACCUGAAAAUGAGAAUGUGCUCAAAGGAACAAUAGGGUCCUUCUGAAAUAAAUAAGUUUGGGUUUCUUUUUCUUUUGUGAACCUUGUUAAGUAGGAGACUUGCUGGAUUGCAGCAAGGCUGGAAACUGUUUGCAUUCUCUGUGGGCAAUAAAGUUACUGCUGUUUAAGAAA